ACACUGGUUAAUUGGAUGUUGAAUCAAACUGUUUCACGGUUGAAGCCCACCAGCUAGUUGACCUUGAUAUUCAAGGCCGCCCGGAGAAAUGGCUCUAACGAAGAGCGGUGCGUUGCGUUAUCUGUCUCUUUAUCUUCGACGAGCUUUCAGUAGCUUUGAUAGUGCUCAAGAGGUUACUCACACUGGUCAGACGUUUUCGAAAAAUGAUCCUUCUGUCAUGCGUUUCAAUGCAAGCAGUAAAUUAGUAAAUAAGCAGUUCGCAGAAAAACUGAUAGCAGAAGUCCCUCCAAUUGCAAGUAAAGAACACAUUGUAAGCUGUGAUGGUGGUGGUGGUGCACUUGGUCAUCCAAAAGUAUACAUCAAUUUGCUUGAUUGCUGAAAGACCGGUGUUCACUAAAACAGCUUUUAAACCACGGGAUAUUCUGACUGUUUUGAAACCUCAACCUAAUUGUUCUAAUAAUUGUUUGUCAUAUUUAUUUGAGACUAUAAGUAUUAUUUUCAUGCAUGCGUAACCGCAACCAGCUUUACGUUUUUCCCAAAAGUUCGGAAAUGCUACCUUGCAUAAGACAUUUGUAAAAUCUCGAGUCGAUUAAUUCUAUUUUGUGAAGAUAACAAGUUAGAACUGUUGAAAAUAUAUAAGAGACCGAAAUCACUCUUAUUUCACUAUGCAGUAACAUAUGCACUUUAGUCGCAUAUUGUAGAUGUACGUGAAUUAAACUCUUUAAGUAGUAUAGUGGAGAGAAUAAGAUAAAAUGUGCUAGUUCUCAUCUUCUUACUACUAGUUUCACAAGAACUGAAGAUGACUGGAUAUCACCUGGGACUACAAUAACCAGCUUUUGUGUGAAUUCAUACAAACAUAGAAUCCCUUCAUCAACUAAGCAAUGAAAUUAGUUCACAAAAUAGCCUCAUGCACUUACUAACCUAUCUUGCUGCAAAAUAAUCAGCAACAUAUAAAACAAAUGACGUGCUCUAAGAAACGAAUCUAGGUAUGAGAACCACUCAUUAUAGCCUUUGUUUCCUAUUUCUCUCUGCUUUUAAUAGCAUAUAGGUGCAAUUAACAAAGAUGGUCCUUGCUAAAACCGACUCUGUACGUGUAUUGAAAAGAUUUUCACAGGAAAGUACAAGACUACCUAGUAGUGUCAUUGGCAGACACAACAUUGGCACUCUUAAUGUCAUCGACUCUGAAACAACUUUCUAGGUGGUAAAUAGACACAUUAACAGCGUACUGCUAUGACGUGAAAAAGCUGCAAGAGUUCAACGACUGAUGUCUAACUAGUGCAUAUGGGAAAGUUUUCUGGUUCACUUCGCAUUGCCAUAGUAAUUUGUUGUUUUUUUCAUUCACUUGUUUACUGUGUUGUCUAAGCAUCUAAGUAAUAAGGUGAAUAAUAACAAUAAUUUGCUUUAUUCCAAAACAGUACUUGUGAUACAGAAUGGAA